CCAGCAUUUAGAACUUUCGUCUCUGGCCUGAGUGUGAAGGUAUCUGUGGUCAAGGCUUUUCUCAUCUUUGAUUCUGUGGGGUUGGGUGAGUGCAGGAGCUGGGAAGGAUGUGCCGAGCUCUGUGAGGUGGGUGUGUCAGGCCCGCCCAGGAGCAGGUCCUACCAGCGAAGCUCAGCCCAGCCCAGAGUGUCAGCGGAAGCAGGCUUGGGGCAGCGGCAGAGGAAGAGCAACCAAGCACAGGGCCAGGUCCUGUUCUGGAAGACACAGAGCUGAUCUGAGUAAAACUGGCUAAAGAGCUUACUGGUAAAGAUACCUUACUCGGGCUACCAAGGUCUCCACUUCUGAAGAAGUUGCACCACCACGGGCUUCCAGCCUUGGCCAGUCAUCUGCCCCCGAGGUCACAGACCACACGCCCAUGUCUUGCCUCUGCUUGCCUGGGGACAGACUCUGUAUAGCCACCAGGCUACCACCCUGGAGGUGAAAGUCAUGCUCUGACCUUGGUGUUCCCUAUGAUGCCUCAGACUAGUUUCUCUUCCCACCUGGACGCCAUGUUUGCCAAUUCUUCAGGCAACACCUCUUCUACCGACAGCUCUGUGCCCCAGUGCCGUGACUAUCGGAGUACACAUCGUUUGCAUAUGGUGGUCUACAGCUUGGUGUUGGCGACCGGUCUUCCUCUCAAUGCUCUGGCUCUCUGGGUCUUCCUGCGUGUACUGCGCGUACACUCGGUGGUGAGCGUGUACAUGUGCAACCUGGCAGCCAGCGACUUGCUCUUCACCCUGUCACUUCCCCUGCGCCUCUCCUACUAUGCACGGCACCACUGGCCCUUCCCAGACUUCCUGUGCCAGACGUCGGGCGCCAUCUUCCAGAUGAACAUGUACGGCAGCUGUAUCUUUCUGAUGCUCAUCAACGUGGACCGCUAUGCGGCCAUCGUGCAUCCGCUGAGACUGCGCCAUCUGCGGCGGCCCCUGGUGGCGCGGCGGCUCUGCCUGGGCGUGUGGGCUCUCAUCCUGCUGUUCGCUGUGCCCGCCGCCCGCGUGCACAGCCCGACCACCUGCAAGUACGAGAACGUCACCCUGAGCCUGUGCUUCGAGAGCUUCAGCGAUGAACUGUGGAAGGGCAGGCUGCUGCCACUCCUGCUGCUGGCCGAGACCCUGGGCUUUCUGCUGCCCCUGGCGGCUGUUGUCUAUUCGUCCGGCAGGGUCUUCUGGACACUGGCGAGGCCCGACGCCACUCAGAGCCACCGGCGACAGAAGACCGUGCGCCUCCUACUGGCCAACCUCAUCAUCUUCCUGCUGUGCUUCGUGCCCUACAACUCCACGCUGGCAGUUUAUGGGUUGCUGCGGGCCAACCUGGUGAAGAACAGCCUUCAGGCCCGCGAUCAGGUGCGCGGAGUGCUGAUGAUAAUGGUGCUGCUGGCCGGCGCCAACUGCGUGCUGGAUCCGCUGGUUUACUACUUCAGCGCCGAGGGUUUUCGUAACACUCUUCGCAACCUGGGCACCCCGUUUCAUACCAGGCCUUUGCCUACCAAUGGGGCUAGAGGGGAGCUCACCGAACCACCCUCAGAAAGCACCCAAAACACUGGGCAGGAUGCCACCAGCCAGAGGCUACUUCAACCUGCCAAUCUGGGUACACGCACGGACAACGGCCCCCAAGAUUCAGCCCUCUGAAAGGACACAGCCAUAGUGUUUACAGUUUUGUGCCUCCCUCAAAAGCUUAGGUGGUAACUUUUGAAG